AUGAAAUGCUGGAGUAUUGAGCAUGUAUUCAAUCAUCCGUGGCAUAUUGUGGUUGGUGCGGCUUUUAAAAAAUAUCCGAAUCCAGAGAAUGAAGAUAUUCUUGGGAUCGAUGUUAUUAAACAACGUUUAAGGAAUGGUGUGCUUUAUUCUGAAAGAAUUAUUCAAUCAAAUUUUCACAUCCCUGUCUGGGCUAGCAAGUUGGGUGGAUUCAGUGGUCAUCAAUAUUCUCUUGAAUCUACUCAAGUUGAUCCUAAAAAUCGGUUAAAUUGUUAUCAUCUUUUACGGAUUGAUGAACGUUUGACUUAUACUUCAGCUGCUGAUACUGCUCAAACACGUCUAAAACAGGAAACAACAAUUUCCGUCAAUUUACCUUUUCUUAAGGAUUUUUGCGAGAGGAGUUUUCUUUCAAUUUACACUCAUUAUGCUCAAAGGGUAAAAUAUCUUUAA